AUGAAUUUCACUUUGGUGGUACCGAACGGGACGACAAAUCAUGGUAACCCACAUUUGCUCUGCACACCUCCCAAAUGGUACGACGUGGCACUUUUCUACUUUGCGAAUUACUUUGCGCAUGCCGCGACCGUCGUCUCAUAUCCUGGCCAAGGUACUCUAGAGACCGCUCUGGCAGUUGUGAAAGCCUUGUUGCUGCCUGGAACUGGAGUAUUCCCAGCGGCGGAGACUACCCUUCGUCAUCCAGCUUUGAUCAGAGGUGACGCUCUUGCACAAGCAAAUCGGGCUAGAGCACUGUGUAUGGUGGUCAAGUCGAGGCCUAGACGACUGUGUUUUGUGAACAAUCCGAGGAGAGGAAUCGCGGCAUUACGGCCGAACAAUUUUCAACUUGAGCGUCUUGACGCGAAACAUCGGUGGUGGGAAUGUAAAUCUGCCGAAGGACGGGUUUCCAUGGGUUCCACUAUCCAUGGAGAGUUCAAAUUACCUCGUGGGUAUGAUUUGAAUUAUGUCCCUUUAACUGCUUCACUGGAAUUUGCCAAACCCGGCGAGGUCCUGGUGGACCCCGGAACGACGACUGAAAGCAUGACCGGACCGAUGUUUUUGGACUACUCACCUAGACUUGAAUCGACCUACAAUUUUCCAAAGCUCUUUGUCAGUCUCGCUCAAGCGACUUGGGCAUGUGUCACUUUGUAUCGAGCUCGAGGAGAUCAAAUCGAACGAUAUGGCUAUGCAGCAUUUGGACUGACCGUUGCUCCCUACGCAUGCAUGUCGAUAAUCAAUAUUGUGGCAAAUCUACUUGCACCAGACUAUCCAUCGAUAUUCCUCGUCCGAACCCCCUCCAUGGACGAGGCUGAAGCUAAAGGCGGCUACUGCAGUGGAGAACUUCACGUCAAGAUCAAUCCUGAAAGCGCUGUAAUGCAUGAUGAAUAUACAUACAGUGCAGCUGAGAGCGGGAUUCUUGGAGUUCUUCUUUCCCUGACACCGCUUGCCAUCAUUGGAGGACUUUCACACUUCCGGAAUCAAAAAAGUACGAGUAUUCAGCGAGGUUUCACGAUGUCCUGGGUGGUCUUUGGCAUUUUUACAGCAGUAAAUUCAGCCUCGGUGUAUUCGUCAGUUGACUAUGAUUGGUCCGGACAACGACUUUUGGGCAACGGAAGAUUUUCAAGUUUAGGGUAUGCUUAUAAAUCAAGCUUAGUUCUUAGGAACAUAUACUUCAUGGCAGUUUGGGGGGUAGCGUCCAUUGGUGGUAUGGUUGUCGUGGGAAAGAUGAUCGCCGAAUAUGGUAUUUGUACAUGGAUUUGAUAACGCAACGUUGGACAUAACAUAUUCAAUCUCUUACAAGUUAUACACCGUUAUUGAGGGAAUUUGAGAGAAAGAUUUACAUGUUU